UAAUCGAUUAGUUGAAAGUCAACUUGGGAUCCCUAAACUAACCACCAAUCUCGGGAGUGAAGUAUUGAAAUAUUGAAAUACUUAAUUACUUUAUUAUUAUCAAGAAAAAGCUAGAGGAGUUACAAAUAAGAAAAGAAAGCAACAACAACAACAUGACCAUUCUACCAAAACCUACACUUGACAAAAAGGGUAAUUUCAAAUUACCAUUACCUUUACCUUUGCUGGGAUCCUUUGGCAAGGACAACAUGGAAAAGUCUUUAUUGGGGAAACAAGCAUACAUUCCGCAAGGUAGCGAUGUGGAAUCGGUCAACUACACCCAACCACCCACAUUCAGUUGCAUCAAAAACGGUCUUACCGUUCUGCUGAUUUUGGUGACUUUAAUGCUAGGCAUUUUCGGUGGUUACAUCAUCUAUCGUUCGUUUGGAAAUUCUGAUAAUCCAACCAAAUUUCAUUAUCGCACAUUCUGUGAUGUACCAUACGAAUUGAACGGCAGCAAUUUGACAGUACCUCGCUUCUAUCCACAACCUGAUGAAUUGGAUUUAAAUUUAAAUUGGUUAUUGCCGCUAACUGGACGCAAAAGUUUUCCCCAAGCUGACGAUGAUUUCUUCCGCGAAGAAAUCGAAAUGGAUAUGAGCGACGAUGAGAGUUACACGAAAAUAAAUGUGCCCGAUUUCAAGGAUGGACGCCAUGGACGUUUUAUGCACGAUUUUAAGGAGAAUCAAUCGGCUAUUAUUGAUACAACAGCCAAUCGUUGCUUUAUAAUGCCCUUGGAUCGUAAUACAACAUUGCCACCCAAGAGUUUCAUUGAUUUGAUGGAGAAAAUGGGUUCAGGUUACUACAACAUCGAUACAGAUCGUGUACGCCGCAACAUGAGAGUGGUGACACCGCCCAUCACAGAUUUGACACUGAUCUCGGAACGUAUUGCCAAUGAGUGUUAUGACAUGAAGGUGUACAUGUUGGAACGUUAUGUAUCGGGAGUUUUCAAGCGUGAAGCCUUGCCCAUAUCCUCUAAUGGCAAAUUUGCUGAAUACUCUGGCAAGGGCAUUGUGGAAUUUGAUCUUGUCAAUAUUGCCGACAUUGAAGAGUACGAAAGACAGCACCCGAAAUAAGGAUGUUAAUGAGAACGAUCUCUAUACUUAUUAUGUAUUAAAUUUGUGUCGUCAAACAAAAAAUACAACUUUAAUUAUUUGUAAUUUAAAUUUAUGAAAGAAACGAACUGCUCGCGUUUCCAGCGACGAAUGCAUAUUUUAAAUUUUUUUCAGUAGCAUGUAGAUUUUUUCAAUGUAUUAUCAAAAACUCAAUUGGAUAUCACUGCCUAUCAGAAAUGCUGAAGAACUCUAGCGAACGUUACGAGAGUAAUGACACUGAUGAUGAUUAUCAAACGAAUUUGUUAUGCAUUUCUGAAAUGGUUUUCGAUAAAAAUUAUUUUGUUUUAUGUAUGUAUAUGUAUGUUUUAGACUUUCUUUCUGUGCUUUUCCGUUUUCCAUACAAAAAAGGGUGCAAGUCAAUAAUUUAUAAAUAAUGCAAGCGUUGUGUAUACAGAUAUAAAUUUAAGAUAAAUUGUUCUUAAUCAAUGCUUUUCCAUUAGCCUAUCAGUAACCCAACUCCACAUUCCCAAUGGCACACAAACCAAACUUAAUAUAAACAAACAACUUUUAACAUAUAUACAUAUAUAUUUACUCUGGUACCUCUUAAAAAAAAAACGAAAGCGAAAACGAAAUCUAAAAGUAGAAACAUUGUCUUGCAUUGAGUAUUAAAUAUUGCGCAGUUGUAUACCGUUGUUUUAAUUUGUCUUCUAUUGCGUAUAUCUUUUUAUUUAGACAAAUAAUGAUAAUAUUUUACUCUCGUUUUUAAUCUGUAUUAAGUUUUCCUUCAAUACUGAGCUUUUCUUGUUGUUUUGAAUGUCAAUGGGGCAUCAUCAUUCAACUUCAAUCAAUAUUAGCAUACCAAAUAGAAUUUGUGAAGGCUAUAUGCCAUAUUACUGCUCUUAAGUAAAUAAAAAACAAGAUAUUAAUUAUUAACAAACAAAAAUUAUUAAGUGUUACAACAAACAAACAAAAUCGUAAGAACAAUUUAUCAAAUGUGUAUAAUGUUAAAAUCAAACAAAGGACAUAGAAUUUAAGAAUAUUAAUAAAAUUAAAAAUUAAACAAAA